AUGGCUGCAGCGUUGGUGAAUGGAUGUAUCACUUCAGGAUUUGCUGCUCAAAACGAGAUUGCCAUCAGUUGCCGCUCUGCAAGUACACUUGACAAAUGGAAGUGCCAAGGACUUGAUGAUGUAUUCACAUCUACUGCUGACAUGGUAAGAACGUUUCCUCAUGGAAUUAUCGUUUUGGCUGUCAAACCCCAAGCCCGACAUGACGUUGUUGAAUCUCUGUUGUCCGAGAAUGUAAAGUUAGUGAAUUGCCCAUUGUUGAUCUCAAUCUUGGCUGGUGUCGAUGAAAAGCUUUUGAAAAAAGAGGUAUAUAUGUUUAUCGAGUCUCUGGCUGAUGGAGGAGUAUUUGUUGGUUGUUCGCGAGAAACUGCACUGAAGCUUGCAGCGCAAACUGUCAUGGGAGCCGCUGAGAUGGUUCUGGAAAGCAAUGAGCAUCCUGGCGCUUUGAAGGAUAAGGUUUGUUCGCCAGGUGGAACAACGAUAGCGGGUCUGAGAGAGCUAGAAAAAUCAGGAUUCCGGUCUGCUGUUAUCGAAGCAGUGAGAGCAGCAGCAGAUAGGGCCAACAGUAUGCAAUGA